GCACCCGAUUAUUUGCGUGACACUUCUCUUCCUCGAGAAAUCGGGAGCCGUCUGCCUUUCAAUUACGUGGCACACCGCGGUGUCGGGGAAAUUGCCGACAUGGCGACCUACCAGACGUAUCAGGACUUUAUACAGAAAAACGAAGACCGCGACGGAAUAAGGUUUAGCUGGAACGUGUGGCCGUCGAGCCGGCUGGAGGCGACGCGGCUGGUGAUUCCCCUUGGCUGUCUGUUCACGCCACUCAAAGAGCGACCAGACCUUCCGCCGAUCCAAUAUGACCCCGUCCAGUGCACCCGGCAAACGUGCCGGGCCAUCCUCAACCCUCUGUGCCAGGUGGACUACCGCGCAAAACUGUGGGUGUGCAACUUUUGCUUCCAGAGGAAUCCGUUUCCUCCCCAGUACGCAUCCAUCUCUGAGCAGCACCAGCCGGCUGAACUGAUCCCGCAGUUUUCGACCAUCGAGUACACCAUCAUGCGGGCCGCCUGCGUGCCGCCGAUAUUCUUGUUCGUUGUUGACACUUGCAUCGACGAUGAUGAGCUGACGGCGCUCAAGGAGUCACUGCAGAUGUCCCUGUCGCUGCUUCCGGCUAACGCUCUCAUCGGGCUCAUUACUUUCGGCAAGAUGGUUCAGGUGCACGAACUAGGAAGCGAUGGGUGCGCCAAAAGCUACGUGUUCCGAGGCACCAAGGACCUGACGGCCAAGCAGAUCCAGGACAUGCUGGGCGUAGGCAAGUUCGGGCAGCAACAACAGGGCGUUGCACCCCAGCAACCGCGCAUGCCACAGCAUCCACAGCAGCCGCAGCACCCACAACCCGUGCCGCCGGCGAGCCGCUUCCUGCAGCCGGUGCACAAGUGCGACAUGAACAUGUCCGACCUCUUGGACAGCCUGCAGCGCGAUCCUUGGCCCGUGUCGCAGGGCAAGCGCCCGCUCCGGUCCACGGGUGUGGCGCUUUCCAUAGCCGUCGGAUUGCUAGAGUGCAGCUACCCAAAUACGGGCGCACGAAUCAUGCUCUUCACUGGCGGCCCAUGCACCCAAGGGCCAGGAAUGAUUGUCGGCGACGAGCUCAAGAUUACCAUCCGUUCGCACCACGACAUCUCGAAAGACAAUUGCAAGCACAUGCGCCGUGCCAUCAAGCACUACGAGGCUCUGGCUCAAAGGGCUUCUGGAAACGGACACGCUGUUGACCUCUUCUCCUGCGCCCUUGACCAGACAGGGCUGCACGAAAUGAAGUUCUGCCCCAACAUGACCGGCGGCCACAUCGUUAUGGGCGACUCGUUUAACUCGUCACUGUUCAAGCAGACCUUCCAGCGGGUGUUCGCCAAAGAUUCACGGGGCGAAUUUCGCAUGGGCUUCAAUGCACUGCUUGAGGUUAAGGCGUCACGGGAGCUGAAGAUAAGUGGCUGCAUCGGGCCGUGCAUUUCAACCAAUGUCAAGAGCUCCAGCGUCUCAGACACUGAAACCGGCCUUGGUGGCACUUGCCAGUGGAAAAUGUGCACCCUCAGUCCCAGCACCACCCUGGGGAUAUUCCUUGAGGUGGCGAACCAGCACAACGCGCCAAUUCCUCAGGGUGGCAGGGGGUGUCUUCAGUUCAUCACGCAAUAUCAGCACCCGAGCGGUCAGAAGAGGGUUAGGGUAACAACUGUAGCAAGGAACUGGGCAGAUGCAUCAGCCAACCUGCAUCACAUUUCUGCUGGCUUUGACCAGGAGGCUGCAGCGGUGCUUAUGGCACGUCUGGCGUGCUUCAGAGCACAGGGAGAGGAUGAUGGAGCUGAUGUGUUGCGCUUUAUUGAUCGGACUCUCAUAAAGUUGUGCCAGAAGUUUGGUGAAUAUGCUAAAGAUGACCCAAGCUCUUUCCGGUAUGCAGAGAACUUUUCCCUGUACCCCCAGUUUAUGUUUCACCUUCGAAGAUCGCAGUUCAUACAGGUAUUCAACAAUAGCCCUGAUGAGACCUCAUACUACCGGCACAUGCUGAACCGUGAGGACAUGACCCAGUCUCUGAUCAUGAUCCAGCCCAUCCUGUAUGCAUACUCCUUCAAUGGACCACCUGAGCCUGUUCUGCUUGACACAAGCAGCAUCCAGCCUGACAGGAUCCUACUCAUGGACACCUUCUUCCACAUUGUCAUCUUCCACGGUGAAACCAUUGCUCAGUGGCGCAAGGCUGGCUACCAGAACUCGCCCGAACAUGAAAAUUUCCGGCAGCUGCUUCAGGCACCCGAAGAUGAUGCACAGGAGAUCCUGCAGACACGCUUCCCGAUGCCCCGAUACAUUGUGUGCGAUCAGGGUGGCUCUCAGGCCCGGUUCCUGCUCUCCAAGGUGAACCCAUCAGUGACGCACAACAAUGCCUACAACUGGGGCCAGCAGGAAACCGGUGGUUCCCCUGUGCUCACAGAUGACGUCAGCCUGCAGGUGUUUAUGGAACAUCUCAAAAAGCUGGCGGUUUCUAGCUCUGCCUGAGUCUCGCAUCAGCAGGCUCCUGUCUUCAUCAGAUGCCUUUCAGCAUUGUUCACAAGUUUUGAGAAUAUAUCAAAGACUGCUUGCCACUUUACCUUGGUUCUCUUGCAAACCUGAUCAAAUCUCUGCCGUCAGAGUUCUUGUGCUGUUUUCUUGCUUUGUUUCGAGUCAAGAAAUUGGCCUGCUAGACUUAAUGCCAAUGCACAUCUUGCUGUAGAGAUGGCACAGGUUGCAGUAACACCGUAGAAAGUGGUGACAGUCAUGCAAGUGUCCUCUACCACAUCAAAAAGAACACUAGCGAGGGCACAAAGCCGGUUGCAACAAACACACUGUUCAGGCAGUGAGUCGCCCUUUUAACGAUUGCAAAGUGAGCCUAUGGAACUAGUGGGGUAUAAAUGGCUGAGAAUAGAUGCAAUGGGCUUAAGCUGUGCAACGUGCAAUUCAACAGUUUGCCACCAAUCACUUGGUAAUUGCAACGCUUCUCAUCUAGGAGUUCACUGUGGCCUUCCUUAAAAUAGAGCACACAGUGCAUGCAGUCAUGAUGGUCUGGCACUAUGUGGGACUGUAAAUGAGUUGAACACAGCCUUUUGUUGAAACCUGUUAUUGAUAGCCAAACUAUCUUCUCCACAAUUGUUGUCACUUUUUUACAGUCUCCUUCAUAACUACAUGAUUAUGCCACGCUUUCCAUAGCCCAACAACAUUCCCGUAGUUCGCACAUUAACUUUGUGUAGAGAUAUUGGCCCCAACAUAUAUCAGGAUGAACCCAAUAAGAAAAGUUUUCAUCUGCAUGACUCUCUUUUUUUAUUGCUUUUUUUUAUGCCCUCUGAUGUUCCAAUGCUGUUAUGAUCUUGGUUGGUGUAAUUGACUUCUUUUCUUGCGCAUUCUUGUAAUUGUAUGAUGUGUAAAAACAGACUGGGAAUAAAUUAAAUUUUUGCUGAAAA